AUGGCCAUCCUGAGUGAGCUGUUGUACAGAAGGAAACAAAAGGGGUUAUCGACGGGCAACCCAGUUCUGAACGUUGCUAUAUCAGGAUCACGAGAUGGCCUACCAAUACCGUCGUUGAACGAGAUCUCUGGACCCCCGGCUUGUGGGAAAACCACGAUACUUUUACAUCUUCUUAUCGACGCGUUGAAGGCGGGUAGAAGGUGCCUGUGGAUCAACGCCGGCUACAGAACGAUCCCGAUUCAAAGGUUGAGAAAUACGUUGGGGUACGAGGAAAGAUUCGAAAAGUAUCUCGAGUUCAUCUCUGUGUCCGAUCUGGCGGAGGUCUCAUUGUUACCGACUGUCGUUGGUGAUCAGUACGAGGUGAUUCUUAUGCCUUCAUAUUAUGAUAUCUUUCCGCCUCUUAGCCCGGGUGCACUCAGAAAACGUGCAAUUGAUGAUACUGGUAGCAAGGUUUAUUUGCAAUCACGAAAAGCUGCCCGAACACUACUUCACGGUGUGUUUUGCCAGCUCUCCGAAAAGGCCUGUCUGAUUCUUACGAGUAAUAUGGUAACUAUCAAUGACCCUACAAACAGGCAGCUACGUAUUUUGCAGCCGCCGUUGCAACUAAAAAAGGCAAAUUUGCUCGUCGUUUAUCGCGACCAUCGAGGUGAAAUCGCUACUGGGAACGGCUAUUUACUGGACCCUAGUUCUGGGGCCCUAUGUUCAACCCCCAAAACCAACAACCGAAUUCACCUCGAGUAUUUGACGUCUUCUUUCAACGAUUCGCAAGGUCUCCACUCUUCAAUGCUUGAACCUACUCCUCCCAAGGCCCCGCGACCAAGACCCGACUUGAACUUGAAUUCUGACCCACCGGAUGGUAAUUUCGACGCAGCCACCGGAACCGUUUUCGAUACUCAACCCGAAUAA